CCUGCUCGUUUCUAAUAAAUGCAAGACCAGUUAUCAUAACGAGAAAAACAAUCACGGGCAAGGCAGAGACAACAAAGAUUUGCGGCAAAGAUGAAAUGCUGUACGAUGUUUGCUUUUUUCUUCUUAAUAACGACAAGAAGCUUUACAGCAGGGAAAUCUAAUGGAACAGCUCUAUCGACUGUGAGCAAUACUACCAAUGAAACAGAACCAUCCAAGCCGGGGGGUUUUGAGCACCCCUCCCUCAGCAUCCUCUCCCCCGGCGUUCAUGCAUUCUUCGUCAUCAUUUACCUUAUGGUGUUCAUAAUUGGUGCCUCUGGAAACUCCCUGGUCUGCUUUAUUCUUGGACGCAAAAGCCAACUCAAAAAGGGUGAUGUAUUCAUUGUCUCAUUGGCAAUCGCUGAUCUUAUAGCUUGCAUCAUUUGGCCACUGCACAUGAUCACAUACCACAGCUAUACCUACUCGGCAUGGUUUUUCCAGCCCGGCACUCAGGCAGCCUUCUUUUUUGUGUUCUACACAACUUUAAUGGUCUCGUCUUGGCAGCUCCUUUUGAUCUCAAUCGACAGAUAUUGGGCAAUCACAAAACUGAUAAAAUGGCAAAGAAUAUCCAUGACCAAAAAGGUUGCUACAGCCGUAUUUUCAUGGGUCCUUGCAGCUUGCGUCAAAUUUCCCCUGACCUGGCGAAUGAACUUUGGAAUAUCUGACGAAGGAUACAAAAUAUAUUUGAUGGUGUGGACCUGCCUUGGCUGGAUCAUCCCCUUGAUCAUCGUUAGUGUUUUGUACACCUUGAGCAUCAAAAAGUUGAAAUCACAAGCUGUUAUCAAAGACAAAAGCGAGACAGCAAUGCGGAGACGUGAAGAGAACCAGAGGGUGGUGAAAAUGUUCAUAAUAAUCGUUGGCCUUUACUUCAUCUUUACAAUUCCCCAUUCGAUCAUCGAUUUGUUCAGAUACAUCGACAACAAAUCCGAUGCAGUUGUUGUCUUGCACGAAUGUUCGGUCAUCAUUGUCCUUUUCAACAGCUGCACCAACCCAUUUAUCUAUGCUAGAAUGCAUCGGGACGUCAACAGCUUUGUUGUGGGAGCUUGGCGCAAGGUGAAAGGCAAGAAGAAGUAUAUUACAGAGAGCACAACUGAAGGCGCAUCCGCAGAGACUGACAUUUAAAGCGAGGCUACGUAUUACCAGCACCCAAGACUGUCCAUGGACUUCCUUUAUCAUUCUUUGAUAUAAAAGCUAUGUGCUAAUCAUAAAAGCAACAUUGUAUCCAACCAGUCACCAUGGGUAUUCUAAUACUUCUAACUGAGGUGCUACACCUGUCACACUAACAAGAGACAAAAUACCCACAGCAAAAAGUAGAAGUUGAUGACCUCAUAGGGUUCUUCUUGUCAAAUAUCCCCAUAAUUGAUGCCAAAAGUCUCAACUGUUCUGAUAUUUCUGUAACACCAAUUUUUAUAACCUUCUCAACUGCUUAUACCAAUACCAUUGGUAAAAAAUCAAAGUUGAUGGCUAUAGACAAACCUUGCACGACCUAGUACAUGAAAUACUCAAACUAUAACCUAUUUAUAUUGAUGACAAAGAUAUAUCUUGUAUCAAAACCCACCAAAACAAUAAAAAAUGCUAUCAAGUGUAAAGCAACAGAGCUAAUAGAGAGCUAAAGAAACCAGAUCAUAAAUUUUUUUUGCAAAAUAAAUUAAACAUCUAUUAUAACAACUAUUAAGCAAUGUAUUUCAACAUUUACCAUGUAUCAAGCACUGUAGUUCAUUUGAUCAAAAUACUUUUGAACACUUAUGACAACACUGAUAGACACCAAGCAGUUAUGUUACUAACAUUUAAUCUCUACUAGCUAUCUCUACAAUCUAUUUAUCAACAUUCAAAUAUCAUAA